AUGAUGAAGUUUACGGUAGUGAUGUUCGCUCUGCUGGGUGCUGCUUUUGCUUCCCAUGACACUAACGGUUUUAUCAGUGAGGUCGCACAUGUCCCAUACAAGUGGUACGGUGGCAUCGGUCCUGCUGGUUUGGUUGGUGGUUACGGCGCUGCCGGAUUGGUUAAAGGAGUAGUCCCUCUCUACGGUGGCUCCGUUUAUGGUGGAUUGAUCGGAAAUGGUCUUGCCGGAGUUGGAUAUGGUCCAGCACUCGGCUACGGUGUUGGAAUCCAUGGCGGAUACGGCAGCGGCUUGGGUUACUACCCGUAUCCGUGGUACAAUUACGGAUAUGGACUAAACGGCUUACCACUUAACGUGAAAGCCCUCGGACACGGAGGAUUAGUAGGAGGUCUUGGCGUUGGCGUUCUGGGCGGCGGACUCGGAGGCUACAGUUAUAGUAGUCUAAACAAAUACAACUGA